AUGAAUGUUCACAGAGAGGGAAAUACCAUCUCAACUCGCCCCAUCCAUUACGCAAGCGCAAACAGCCACAAUGAGACAGCUCUCACAGCGUUACAGAAUAAUCAAGCUUUAGCCUACUCUCUUCUCGCCCUAUUCUCCAUAUACUUCCUCCUCGAUCAUUUUGGCUUUGCGCCUUUAUCCAUAAUCCGGCUCGCUUGGAACGUUCUUGUUCUCGCAACACCAUCGUGGAUCAUCGUUGCAUUGGAUACACGCAUGUCGCCAUCCGAUUCUUCUCCCACCGGUCAUUCCCCGAUGACAUUUCAGUCCAAGAAUGAAGCUAUGCAGCGCAUCUUUGGCCUCGACAACACAUCCUUCCCUACCUUUCGCCGUACACGAUCUCUCUCAGGCCUUGGAGGCGCAUUACUGGGCCACAACAGAGAUGCUGUCCCUCCUGGGUUGGGGAACUGGGAUAACUCGUGUUAUCAAAAUAGUACAAUCCAGGGGUUAGCCUCUUUGAAGACUUUGGCGAGUUUCCUAGAACGAAAUCUGGAGGCUUUGUCAGAGAAAGGAUCGUUCUCCACGCACCAAGCGCUCAAAGGAAUCAUCGAUCACCUAAACAGCGCAUCGAACUAUGGCUCCAAGCUGUGGAUCCCUGCAGAUCUCAAAUCCAUGAGCAGUUGGCAACAGCAAGAUGCCCAGGAAUACUUUUCCAAAUUGGUGGACCAGAUUGACAUCGAAGUACAGCACGCCUCACGGGGUCAGACAAGGAAUCUGGGGUUGAAAAUGGUUGGCCGAGAGGAGAACAUAUUGAAAGAAAUUUGCGAAGACAAUAUGGAGAUUGAUGGGAAAAUGGUGGAACAAUCGUCACUCCGUAAUCCACUUGAAGGGCUACUUGCUCAACGAGUAGGUUGUAUGAAAUGUGGCUGGACGGAAGGAUUGUCACUAAUUCCGUUCAACUGUCUUACUGUUCCUCUUGGUGGACAAUUCGAAUACGAUAUACGCGAAUGCCUGGAUCAAUACAUGACACUAGAGCCGAUUGAGGGGGUGGAGUGCGCUAAGUGUACGCUUUUGCGCGCGCAAGAACAACUCAAAAAUCUUAUUAGUGGCAUGGCUGGUGACGAGACAUCCUCCGAUGAUUUAAAAACACCUGGAUUGUCCGACGCCUUGAGGACUUCUGCACAGACACGACUCGAUUCUGUUUUGGCUGCCCUUGCAGAGGACGAUUUUACAGAGAAAACUUUGGUUGAAAAGUGCCAUAUUCCAUCCAAAAACCGAGUCUCUACGACGAAAUCCAGGCAGGCAGUCAUUGCACGAGCACCGCAGUGUCUGGUUGCCCAUAUAAAUCGAAGUCUUUUUGACGAAAUGACGGGCAUGCUCAAAAAGAAUUAUGCGGCGGUCAAAUUCCCGAAGCACAUGGAUUUAAAUGAUUGGUGUCUCGGUACACAAACCGGAGAUUCUAGCGAUGCACUGGAGCAAUGGGUCACGAACCCUUCAGAAUCCAUGCUUCCCUCACCUGGCCAAUCACUUCGUCUCCCCAGCAGACAGUAUGAACUCCGAGCGAUCAUAACACACUACGGCCGACACGAAAAUGGCCACUACAUCUGCUACCGCAAAUAUUCGACGACUGAGUUCCCAGCUGCUGUUCCCGAUGAAAUUCUCCAGGCAGAAGGCGACAAGGUUAAGUCAGAACGUUGGUACCGACUGAGUGAUGAUGAUGUGCAGAUGGUCAGCGAGGGGCACGUCAUGUCUCAAGGGGGUGCUUUCAUGCUUUUCUAUGAAGCCGUGGAAGACCAUCUACCCCCACAGCCUGAAGUAGAAUCACCUGAACUCAUUUCACAGGAGACAGCCGAGUCAAUCUCCAACUUCACAAUGUCCGAAAGCAUGUCCGUCACCAGCACUAUCACUGAUGCUGAUUCUGACACCUCUCGCGCAACAAGUGUCUCCGCCCCUGAUGAUACAUAUGUCUACGCUGAGGGUACCAAUGCGCCAAUUCCCCCUCCCAAGGCCUCUAGUACGUUGGAUAUCAAAUCGCAGAGUUCUCUCGAAGACUUGGCGUCGCCUUCCAUGGUCACCGCAUCAUGA